UAUUAAAGAUUACACUAUGAUUUAUGUACAUUAUCAACUGUAUGGACAAUGAAAAAUAAGUCAUCCAUCAUGACCCAAGGUUAAUGUGUGAACUGUUAACCCAAAAAUUGCAUUAUGCUAAAUUAUUCGUCGGCAUGAAAAUAUCAGUGGUUGUGAGAAAUCCGAAUAUCAAGUACGUUGGACCUUUGUAAAUUAAAAUGAAGUCAAUUAUUUUUCCUCUCGUUUUUGCAGUUUCAGGAUCUCUGUUGUUAAACAAAGUAGGAGUGAAAGCGUCCGACUUUACAGGUAUUUCUGCCGUAGACGUUGUCGCUGUUGUUGGUUCAAAGACGUUUUAUAAAGAUGCAUCCAAUUUGUAUGUUAGCUUCCUAGAAUUUCUGCAGUUUUGCCAUGCAAAUGAUAUGACAACGUCAAGCAUUGAGAGUGCCGAAGAACAAGCUGCCAUCGUUGCCUAUUUCAAUGACACCCGAUACGUUGAAUUUUUAUGGCUUGGAGGAUGGGAUAUUAACAACGAAGGUAAUUGGCGUUGGAUUGAUGGUGAUGCUCAGAUGAGUUACACAAAUUGGCUUCCAAAUGCACCAAAUGGAGGACUAGCCAAAAAUUGUGCACAUUUUAGACCAUUUUCCCCCCACCAAUGGUUUGAUACUCCCUGUGUCAAUGAUAAAAAUGUUGCCUUUUGUCACAAGAUUACCACGUAAAGAACGCAUUGAAUUAACUUGAUGAAUAUGGAAGCAUUAACAUAUGUCACUUGAUGAUGUAUGUAAAUAUAGCAAUGUUAUAUCCUAUUAUUCUAUAAAUUCUCAUGAAUUGAUACUAAUCUAUGUAGUUAGUAAUUUAAUUCAGCCAAUUCAAUUAGUAAAAUUUAGAUUGAUAAUUUGAAGGUAUGUGACAAAUAAUAUCAAAUCAACAAAUUAUGCAACGAGAUAAUGCUUGAAACUGUAUAUAUGUACAUAUGUAGAAUCUGGAUUCAUCAACUAAUAAAGCAUACAUAGGCGAUUCUUUUUUAAAUUAUUUUUUAUAAUAACUCGGUAAGUAACUGGAGACGAACAAAAUGGAAGACUGGCAAUUAUUGCAAUCCUAAAUACAAACCUUUCAACCUGCUACCCGUAUGAAAAUCGUGUUAUCUUCAUAAUUCUGCAGUAAACUUCUGCCGGGUCUAUUAUGCAGAACGGUUUCUAUAUAUCAUGCAAAAUUCCACCUACAUAAUUUGUACUCAUACUACACAAGUUUUUCUGUAGAAAAAUUGUCCAAGUUUCUGCUGGAAAGCUGUUGAAAUUUUCAUCCGGACCUGCUACGGAUAUGCCAGUCUUGAAAAUAUAAUUCCUCAGCUCCUCGUUACUAUUGGCUGCUUAUUGAAGACUUUGGAAUGGGGAUAAUUAUGAAUUUGCAUGAAUAUAAGUUACAAUGUCUCGACGGGAAUGUUGAAGGAAAGAUUUAUGUGCUGGAUUGCAACACUGGCAAUUUUCAAAACUGGGUAUUUAAUCAUAAUCUCACGAUCCAAAACUACGCUACAGGUUUAUGUUUACAAUCCAAGAGAAAAGAUGAAAGCAUAACUGCAAUGGGUUGUUCUUCAGACACGUCUAAUCAGUGGUGGUUCACUCCAGACAACGAGAUUCGUAAUGUCGCCACAGGAUUGUGUAUGGAUGCGAGAAGGUUUGAAAAAGAUCUUCUAAUUUCAACGGAUUGUGAUGGUGGUAACUUUCAGAAAUGGGAUGAAGAAAUUCACCAUCCAGUUCCAAUAACGACAGAAAUUACAAAAACAACAGUUAAACCAUCGCCACCGACAAGCAUUUCAACUGGAGGAGGUGAUAUCGUAUUCGGAGACAAGAUUGCUAACGCUGACACCGAAGUCAAGCAGGUUGAGAUAAAUCAUGGAGUUAAUCGCAACCAGCUACCGAAAGAGUCGACCGGAUUCAGUCAUAUUGUUCAGGAUAGUAGUUGGGGAGCAUCUAGUCGAGAUCGUCCAACGUCAUUGGGACAAAUGGCAGGAAAUAACGAUAUUCUGCCCCCACUAUCGCAAGGUGGGGACAUUGUUCUGGGGGAUAAAAUUGCAAAUUCCCACGUGAGUAUGAAAAAAGUGGAGGUGAAUCAUCAAGCAGAUGUGGCACGAGCACCUUCGAGAAAUAACAAUAAAAUUUCCGGUGGAAAUGUUGAUGACGCUGUUGCAGAUGCCAAAAAAGAGGGAGACGCAUAUGGAAUUGUAGUAUUACGAAAGAGAUAAAACUCGAUACGUAAUAAAUAAUAUUUUUAAUUUUUGAUAA